GUAGUAGAACACUCACACUCACAGAUGUGGUCUCUCUUCAAAAAACUUGUCCAGAAGAAGAAAGACCCAUAAAUUAACAUUCUCUAAGCUAUAAUAGAAAGGCUUUUAAGCAUAUUUCUGGGGUUUGUUCCCUUUUACUUGUUUGGGUUUUUCUUGGGAAAAAAAGAUAUAGCUAGAAGAAGUAAUUUAGGUAUAAUAAUAUAAUUAAAGAAAAAACAAUUUCCUAAAACAAACAUCACUUAACAUGGGAAGGGGUAGGGUUCAGUUGAAGAGGAUAGAAAACAAGAUCAAUCGUCAGGUUACUUUCUCUAAAAGGAGAGCUGGACUUCUCAAGAAAGCUCAUGAGAUCUCUGUUCUUUGUGAUGCUGAAGUUGCUUUGAUUGUCUUCUCCCACAAAGGAAAGCUCUUUGAAUAUGCAACUGAUUCUUGCAUGGAGAAGAUAUUGGAGCGCUAUGAAAGGUACUCCUAUGCAGAGAGACAGCUAGUUGCAAAUGAUUCUGAGUCACAGGGAAACUGGACUAUUGAGUAUACGCGACUGAAGGCAAAGAUUGAUCUUUUGCAAAGAAACUAUAGGCACUACAUGGGAGAAGAUUUGGGAUCAAUGAGCCUCAAAGAGCUUCAGAGUUUGGAACAGCAGUUAGAUACUGCUCUCAAACUCAUUCGUACACGCAGAAACCAAGUCAUGUACGAGUCCAUUUCAGAGCUUCAGAAGAAGGAGAAAGUGAUUCAGGAGCAGAAUAACAUGCUUGCUAAAAAGAUCAAGGAGAAGGAAAAGAUUGCAGCUCAGCAGCAGGCACAAUGGGAGCACCCAAACCAUCAUGGAGUUAAUCCAAAUUACUUACUACAGCAGCAACUUCCAACUUUGAACAUGGGUGGCAAUUACCGUGAGGAAGCACCAGAAAUGGGGAGGAAUGAACUUGACCUUACCCUGGAACCAUUGUAUACCUGCCAUCUUGGAUGCUUUUGAUGAAAACCUUAUUAAAGGUGGAUGGUAUUAUCAAUAUAUAUAUUUGGCUCUAUGUUUUGUAGUUUCCCUAUUUUGAAGACGCUAAUAGUGUACUGUAAGCUUAAUUAUAAGGUCCUAAGUGGAAUUAAGCUUUUCUAUGUAUUAAUUAUUUAUAUAGCUUAAAGGCAAGUCCUGUAAUGUAAUGACAUUCGAGCUGAUCAAGCAUUGACUUUUA